AUGCCUCUAUGCCCUGAGAAGAUAAUUUGGGAGUAUGCCUUGGAAUGGAAAAAGGCUCAUUCGAGAUCUAGUAAUUCUGUGAAUUUCAGCUACACAAUGCUAUCCUGGACUAUGCCCCCUCAGAGUUAUUACAAAUUGAAUAUUGAUGGUACUAGAGUUUCUAGCUCUGGUAUGAUUGGAGCUGGUGGUGUUAUUAGAAACCAUUCUGAUGCUUGGAUUACUGGCUUUCAAAUUAAUCUUGGGGUUGGUGCCAUUGAUGCUGAGGCAUGGGGCCUGUUUCAUGGCUUAAAGUUGGCUUCUAAUCUGCACAUUUCAAAGCUUGAGAUUGAAUCUGACUCUGCUAUCCUUGUGCAUCUUAUGAAAAGUGCCAAUCUCUCUCUCCAUCCCCUGGGAUCUCUUCUCAAUGGUUGCAAAAGCAUGAUGUCCCAAAUGGAUGAUGUGAAGCUCUCUCAUGUGUUCAGAGAGUCCAACAUGACAGCUGAUGUCCUAGCAAAGUGCAGCAUCUCAAAUGAUCUUGGUCUCAUUCUUUUUGAGGAACCUCCAGCUCAUGCCAUUCUAGUUUUUCUUGAUGAUUUAGUUGCUGUUACUAGAGCUAGGAGAACAGGCUUUUGUUUUAGUCUGUAA